AUGGAUUUUUUGUCUAGCGGAUUUUCCAAUAACCAUCUGUUCAGCCAUCCAGCGCCUAGGGAUUGUCUUGCGUAGUCUAGGUAACAACCACUCAAUGGUUGUAGUAGUUCGAUAUCCGAUAGAUUCUGAAAUGUUCUUCCGGAACCAUCCACUAUCCACUAUAUUCUUUGGCUACACACAAGCUGUAACUCUGAUUUUUCUCACAUUCCUCUUUGGAAGUUCAUGGAACGGAACGCUGUUCUAUACAAUUGCAUUUGUCUUUGGGUUCUUAUCGGUAAUAACGGGGUCAAGAGCAUUGAGUUUGUUGCUUUGCCGGUGGAUGGAAAUCAAUCUCGAUAUGGUUGUUAUUGAGUGUGAGGAUGAAAAGGAAAAAUUGGAGAUCAGAAAGAUUCUUCUUUCAAUGCCUGGGGUAUUGAUAGAAAGUACAACAGGGAGCUACAAGUACGCGGGCGGGUAUAGAUUCGAUACUGAUACCGAUAAGGGCCGCAUGCACGCUCAUAUACUUCCCGAACUAGCCGCAGACCCAAACUCUCAGCCCCGACCGCGGGCCCAUCAGUGGAGAGCAAUUGGCAUCGGCUUUGGUAUCUUAGGGGGGACGAUCGUUUGGGUCCUAGCAACAACGAUAUUUUAUAUCGCCUCGGUGCCCGCGAAUGAACCCUUCUUUCCAGGAGUUGCACAUGUCCAAUCGGACUCAAGAAACAUGAGUACUUAUUUUCUUCCCUCUAUUUCUGUGGCAGUGACACUAGGCUUUGCGCUGGGCUUUACCUUCGGCGUGAAAGUAAGAUCUGAAUUUGGGUUGUUGGUUAUUGGGGAAGACAUACCGGCAUUAGAUUUAGCGUCGAACUCUGCGUCUGUGUAG